AUGAGACGCACAUCAGUCACCGGCCUUGCUGAAGUGACCGGGACUUCUACUGGUGUAGGGGGUCUGGUGUCUAACAGAAAAUGUUUGGGAUUAGCCUUGUUCGCAUCUCUGGGUGGUGUGCUCUAUGGCUACAACCAGGGGGUUUUUAGCCAGGUCCAAGUGAUGGCUGACUUCGAACACCGUUUCGCUAGUACUCCAAAGGCCUUCUCACCGGAAUUCUGGCGCUCCAUCUCGGCCUGGUGUAUCGUCUUCAUGCUAGGUGUCGCCCUCCAGGUAGGCGCGACCAAUGACGUUGCCUAUAUUUACUCAAGUCGUUGGUUUGCUGGGAUGGGUGUUGGUGGACUCUCCGUCAUUGUACUCACGUUCAAUGCUGAACUUGCACCUCCAUCUGUCAGAGGCACUCUGGCAGGGCUGCAACAAGUAGCUAUUUGCUUGGGUAUUAUGGUAUCGUACUGGAUCGGUUACGGCACGAAUUAUAUCGGUGGAACUACCUACCCACAACAGCCCAGUGCAGCUUGGAGAAUCCCACUUGCACUCCAGCUGGUGCCAGCGAUUGUCCUUUGCAUCGGUUCCUGGUUCCUUCCAUAUUCACCGCGAUGGCUCAUGCUCGUGGGCAGGGAACAGGAGAGCCUUGCUGUCCUCGCUCGCCUCCGAAACCAAAAUACGAGCUCACCAGAAGUUCAGUAUGAGUACUUGUCACUCAAGGUUGGCGCCUAUGCAGACAGAGAAACGUCUCGGCUGCGCUAUGGAACUGAAACGAAAACCUGGCGCACUGAGGUGCUCGAAUAUAAACGGAUCUUCACAACGAAGUUAUUGCUACACCGGGUUGGCCUCGGUGCUGGCGUUCAAGCCUUUGGCCAGUGGUCAGGAAUCAAUGCAAUCAUCUACUACGCUCCCACUGUUUUCGCACAAGUCGGCCUAUCGGGUGGGAGUAUUGGGUUACUUGCUACUGGAGUUGUGGGUAUUCUGAUGUUUGUUUUCACCAUCCCAGGUACGCUUAUGGUAGACAAGGUUGGUCGAAAGCCAAUGCUAGCCUGGAGUUUGGUGAACAUGGGUAUUGCCCAUGCCAUUGUUGCCGCACUCAUUGCUACUUACGGAAGUGAUUUUGCGGAACACAAAAGUGCCGGCAACGCUGCAAUUUUCUUCAUUUACUGGAUUGUGGUCAAUUACUCGUUGCCUUACGGACCUGUCGGCUGGAUCGUCACCGCGGAGUCAUCAUCGCUUGAAAUACGUGCCAAAGGAGUCUCUAUUGGAUCUGCGGUGAACUGGAUUAUGAACUUUGCUGUGGCACAGGUCACGCCUGUUAUGAUCACAAACAUUGGCUAUAAGACCUUCAUAGUAUUCUUCUGCUAUUGUGCCCUCGGCCUGGUCCGGGUAUACUUUGUUCUGCCAGAAUUGAAAGGGCUAUCGCUCGAGGAGAUUGACGCCGUUUUCGCGGAUGAGAUCAGCACAGAGGAUCGUCUUCGUCGAGAGCGUAUUGCGGACGAGCUCGGCAUCCAUAACGUGGCGAAUGCGGCAGCAAAUGGCGCCAUUCCAGGUUAUCAUGGUUUCUUGUCCUCUAAGCAAGAUAUUGAAAUGGUCGAGAACUAG